AUGAGAACAUCCCGGCUCUCGCAGGAUACGGCCAAGGCCGUGCACGCCAUGUCAUCAACGAGCCGCCAGACGCGCAGCUCGAGUGCAUUGAACAAGUUCAAGUAUUCCACCACUGCCCCUAGCUUGGUAUCUCCACAUGUAGCUUCAGACUCAACCAAUGACGAAACUUCGUCUCUCUCGUCAGCCAAUACUGCAGACAUUGAGGAUUUGCUGGAGCCUCCAGCCAAAAAGCGACGCCGCGUAACCCCGUCUACGAGCAUAGCUUCAGGUGUAUCCAGCGUUUCGGUUGCUAGACGGGUCAAGAAAGAAAAAGCCACGAUAAAAGAGGAGACGUCGAUAAAAGAGGAGACAUCGAAUAACAAACCUCGCGCAACCAAAGAACGCCGAAAACCAGCUCGAAAGGUCAAACUCGAAAAUGGCUCUGUGGAAAUGCAGCCGCCCUCGAAUUGGGAUACGAUAUAUGAAACGGUCAAGAAGAUGAGAGCAGAGAAUCCGACUGCCCCGGUGGACACCAUGGGUUGUGCAGAGCUUCACUGGCGGGCAUCAUCGCCCAAGGAUCAGAGAUUCCAGACUCUUGUUGCGCUGAUGCUAUCCUCUCAGACAAAGGACACGGUGACGGCCGUAGCCAUGCAGCGACUGCAUACGGAGCUUGGAGAAGGCGAGUCUAUCCUGGCGCCCAAGAUCAAAAAGGAAGAGGACGAAGACAGUGUCUUUCUUGAGGACAAGAAGAAAGACAGUACCUUAAACCUGGGGAACAUUCUCGCAGUUUCCCCCGAGCGGUUGAACGAAUUAAUCCGCACUGUCGGUUUCCACAACAACAAAACCAAAUAUAUCAAACAAACGGCUAUCUUAUUACGAGACAAAUAUGACUCUGAUAUUCCUUCAACCGCGGACGAGUUGAUGAAGCUGCCUGGGGUGGGUCCCAAGAUGGCGUACCUAUGCAUGAGCGCCGCUUGGGGCAAACACGAAGGAAUCGGCGUUGAUGUACAUGUACAUCGCAUUACAAACCUUUGGGGCUGGCAUAGCACCAAGAAUCCAGAAGAAACCCGUGUCGCGCUCCAGUCAUGGCUCCCCAAGGACAAGUGGCAUGAAAUAAACAAACUGUUGGUUGGCCUAGGCCAGACGGUUUGCUUGUCAGCUGCCCGGCGGUGUGGAGAGUGUGACUUGGCCGGUACCGGACUUUGCAAAAGCGAAAUCAAGGCCCUAGUCACGAAAGCAAAGAAAGAGAAGACCGAGGAAGCUCAUGUCAAGAUAGAAAUGUCAUGA